AUGCCGUAUAUAACUAGCCGCACCGAGCACUCCUUGGAGGAGCGGCUUUAUGCCUCCUUGUGGAUGUUGGCAAAUCCUGAUUGCUAUCGGUGCGUUGGUAAUCUUUUUAACAUGGGAAAGAACACACUACAUCGCAUCUUCCUCAACUUCGUGCAGUCUAUUCAGGCACUUCGUCAAUCAUAUGUUAGGUGGCCCUGCGAUGAAAAACUGCAAAGCAUUGCAGAUGAGUUUCACAGAAAAACAGGGUUGACUGCAGUUGUGGGUUGCCUUGAUGGCACCCAUAUCUCUGUACGAGCACCCGACAGCAAGAACAAUAGGGCCUCAUACAUCAAUCGGAAAGGAUAUGCAAGUAUCCAGCUGCAGGCUGUCUGUACAAGCGACCUAUACUUCACAGACAUGUGCUGUGGCUUCCCUGGAUCUGUCCACGAUUCCCGGGUUUUCAGGCGAAGCGACCUUCGGUCUCAUCUGGAUGCAAAUCCUCUUCCUCCAACAGUGCACUUGCUUGCAGACACAGCAUACCCUCUAAGCAUUGAUGUGAUGACACCCUAUCGAGAUGAUGGCGGACUCACAGAGGAGCACAAGAAGUUCAACACUCUGGAUGAUGCAGAAUUGGAGAAUGCCCAGAGCGCUGCACUGGUAAAUGACGACUGCAAUCAACUAGAGUUUGAAGAACCUGCAUCCUCAAGUGCUCAAGACAAGAGAGACUCACUGGCAGGCAUUGGCAUCUAA